AUGCCUUAAUAUUCAUAUAGUCAGUCCUUAAAGAUUAUGUUGAUACCAUACUUAAUAAUUGGAAUUUUGUGGUAAAACAUACUUGAAUAUUUUAAGGUUACCUUUGACAUUUAUGAUUGAGAAAUAUUAUGAUUCAAUUUUGAUCUCAUAAUUUUUAGUAAUUUAAAUAACAACAGCUUUCUUAUUUUUAAUAGGUUUUUAUUUUAAGUAUUGAAUUAAUUAAUAAUAGCAAUACAUCAAUUUAUGAUAUUUAUUGGAAAGUAGCUCCAAUGUUUUUUGUGCCUUAUUGGUCUAAAGGAUCUGGAAAUAUAAUUCUACCUAUCCUUGUAUACUUUUAUUGCAUAAAAUAAAAUUAUACAUAUUUUAGGUUCUGGCCUGGUAUUUAUAUAUAUCUUAAAAAUAAAUAAGGUUUAUCAUAUGAAGAUUAUAGAAUUUUAGAAAUCAAAUAAAAAAGUCCAAGUCCUUUGAUAUAUUGGUCAAUUGUUUAUUUAGGUUUUGAAGUUUGUCCAUCUAUAAUGGUCUUUUUCGGUCAUUUACCACUUUAUUAUGUCUUCAUCUAGUAAAAUCCUUGUAAUUUUGCAUAUAAUUUUUCAAUUAUAUUCACAAUACUUUCAAUAACAAUAGAAUUUAUUGGUAAGAAUAAUAAUUUAUAAAUUCUUAGCUGAUUAUUAACUCUUUCCAUAUAGAUCAAAAUUACUUAAAGGUGAUUGUGAUAUAGGAUUAUGGAGAUAUUCAAGACAUCCAAAUUAUUUUGGAGAAUGUAUGUAUUGGUGGGGAUAAUAUUUAUGUUAAUUAUCAUUUGGAUUUGAAAAUGCAUGGACAAUCAUAGGAGCUGCAUCUAUAUAAGCAUUAUUUUCAUUUUAUUCAAUUCCAGAUAUGGAGAAUCAUUUGUUAAAGAAAAGAGACACAUAUGCAAAUUAUAAAAAAAAGGUUGUAAGUUCAUUUUUCCCUUGGUUUAGAAAAGAGAAAUGA